UGGACUUGAUUCUGUUUCACUUUCCGUUCUAACUACUGAGAAGUGAAAGCCUUACACUACGGCCGAGUAAGAAAACAAGCCGUCCAGUGUCUACCUGGCUGGGAUCACUGACUGGAAUACUGCAGGUGGCUCUGAUCUUCAAAUAAAACACACAGACGACACGUCUCAUAGUUAGGUCGAGUAGAGGAAGUGUGUGUUGUAUGCGGACAAGACUGCAGCAACACCACCCGAGAAGGUGUAAUUAUGGCUUCUGAAGUUACGUCGAGAGUCGAGUUACAAGAAGCGGAGGAACUGGCCCUCUCUCUGAGUGAAGCCCUCAGCGGCGGAAACGAACAGGAAGCAGUCAAACUGUGCCAGAGACUGGCACAAUUGUCUGUUCCCGUGUCCGUCACGGUCAACAGUCAGGCCUACCCUCAGGACUCCAUAAGGUUGUGGGUUGGAGUGGAAGAUGCUCAGUCAGAUGCCUACAUCCCAGUGACUGUUGUGGUUUCAUGUGACAUGACAAUUGCACAACUUAAAGACAAGAUCAGCCAUGACUUUGGGUUCCUCCCCUCGCUGCAGCGUUGGGUGAUCGGGAAGCGGUUGGCCAACGAUAGGGAGUCGUUAUACAGCCACGGCGUGCGUCAGGACGGAGACCAGGCUUUCCUGUUCAUCCUCUCUGCCGAAGCUGCUCAUCUCACACGGCAGCAAUGUAAGCAGGAACAGGAGCAACAACGCAUAGAGGGCAUCAUGGAGUCAAUGCAACUUUUUCCCAGAGGGCCGGGUGGAGGUGGUGGUGAGAAGACAGCGACUCCUCCAGAGACUCAACACAUUCCUCCUCCUCCUCCUCCUAAACCUGCCGUGCCUUCUGAACCUCAGUUGGGCUGGAACUGUGCUAUGUGUACGUUCUUGAACAAACCAACGCGUCCUGGCUGUGAGAUGUGUGGAGGGGACCGGCCAGAGGAUUACCAGGUGCCUGAGAUCUACGAGCCAGACCAGGAGGAGGUUCUUCGUAUUCAGCAGGAACAACUGGCCAUGUUGCAGUACGAACAGGCUCAGAAGGAGGAACGAGAGAGGAACUUCCUGAACUUAUUGGCAACAGAAGACCAGAACCUUAUCUCCAACACCACAAACACAGACUGUCCCAUCUGCUUCUCUCCCUUGGAGCCAGAAGAGGGCAUCGUGCUCAGAGAGUGUCUACACACUUUCUGCAGGGACUGUCUAAAAGGGACAAUAGUGAACAGUCAAGAUGCUGAGGUGUCCUGUCCUGAGAAAUGUGACAGCAAACUACUGGACCGAGAGAUCAAAGCACUGCUCACUGAAGAGGAGCACCAGCGGUUUCUGGAGUUGCGUCUAAACAUCGCAGAAAGCCGCUCAGAGCACAGCUUCCACUGUAAGACUCCCAACUGUCGAGGGUGGUGCAUCUACGAGGAUGAAGUCAAUGAGUUCCACUGUGAGCUCUGCAAUGAAACCAACUGCAUUCUCUGCAGGGCCAUCCAUAAGGGCAUGAAUUGCAAGGACUACCAGGAUGACCUGCGCAUCCGAGCAGAGAACGACCAGGCGGCUCAGCAAACUAAGCAGAUGCUAGACAGCCUGCUACAGAAUGGAGAGGCCAUGAAAUGUCCACGGUGUGACAUCAUCGUCCAGAAAAAAGAUGGCUGUGAUUGGAUCUGCUGUUUGAUGUGCAAGACAGAAAUCUGCUGGGUCACCAAACAAGCACGCUGGGGACCAAAUGGCAGUGGCGACACAUCUGGGGGCUGCAGAUGUAGAGUCAAUCAUCAACCUUGCCAUCCCAACUGCCAAAAUUGCCACUGAGAGAAGCACACUAAUGAACACAACCCUUGGGCUGUCUAUGCUGGCGACAUUAAUGUGUUCUUCACUUACUUUUAGCUUAUUUUUCUAAUGGUCUGGUAAAUAGACACUGUACUUUUUUUUUGCAGUAGCAAUGAUGUAAUAUGAAUGCUAUAUACAAAGCUAUAGAUACUGUCAGCGCUAUCUACUACAUCUCCACAGCUAAGGUUACUAACUGUUAAAAUUGUUCUGCUAUAAUAAUUCUUUUCUGUCCAGAAUUAAUGCUUGGCACACAUUUAAGCUCUGGCUACUGCUUUCAUUACAAUCCAGUUUGAUGAGCCAGCGAUCCCAUUGCCUGAGCUUGAGUUUAAUUCAAAACUUGAUCAGAUAAACACACCAAACUAUCCUUUUGUUUUUAAGCAAAAUGCAAGAAAAGGCUUGAACCCAAAUACAGUAUAUUUAAAAAAGCCAACCACAGCUAACUACAUAAAUAUUACGUUCUUGUUUCUUUUCUGUGUGAAGUAUGGCUACAAAUAAUUAAUCACAACUAACAAUAACAUUAAUUUAUGAUUCGAUUUUCAUUUUAACAACUCAUUAAGUCAAUAUAAUACCAGAACUACCAAUGAGUGUUACGAUUGCUGGAUAUCUUCCUAAGUAAACUGAUCAAAAUGUUUUUUGAAGUUGUAAGCACUGUGUGUUUGGUGACUAAAAUAUUGAUUUGUCAUCAGUACUAUAAAAGCAAUAUAUUUUCUUUCAGUCGACUAAUCAAGACCUGGUGAAGGAUGUUUACGAUGAAUCAAUGUGUUCAUAAAGG